AUGUUGAUUUUAUAUCACAUCGUGGCAAGCGCUGUAGCCCUUGGGUGCGUAUGUUCCAUAAACAUUGCAUCAAACUGGCCGCACCGCCGCCGGAAUGCCGAAGACGAGCGGAUGAUCUUCGGAUUCCGUCGAGCAUACGACGGAAGGAGACUGGAUCAAGGGGAGCUGAUGAGGAAGCUACUCUACGACUCACUGAAGAAGGACAGAUCCGUGUUCAAAUCGAGACUGUGGUUGCGGCAGCACAAGGAGAAGCCGACCGAGGCGCCACGCCCGACCUCGCCGCCCACUAAGGACUCGAUGGCCAACGUAGUAGAGAAGGAGCUGAAGUUCGCUAUGGGCAUGAAGUCCUCUGCACUCCUCGAUAAGCCGUACGUAAUGAAGACGGGCGAUAAGGAGUUCCUGGUGCUUCACCCCGGCGCCGCGGACCCGUUCGUCACGGUAAUACCGAACGACAUCUAUUACAAUGUGGAGAAAACCUGUGUCAACUGGCUUGAGGAUUGCAGCGCUCAAGGCGUCCGGUCCAGACUCCUCGAGAGGAUCAGAUCGCCCUACAUG